UCCCCUUUUUCUUACACCCAAACAAAUCCGAACGGAAAACAAAAUAGCAGCACGCCCACACACAGACACAGUCAUCUUUUCUAUCUGCACAUUUUUCCCUUCCCUCCUCCGCCUUUCCGAACCUCUCAACCCCAAUUCUGUUUCCCCUCCGCAACCAAAUCGCUGAAUUUCCCCGCCGAUUCUCUCGCUUCCGUUUCCAUGGAAGUACGUUUCCAUCGCCAUGCCUUCGUAUCUUCAAGCUCUUCAAGUCCUUCCUUUUCUCGAAACACAAUUCAAGCAGAAGCUUUUGCUAAAAGAGUGGUUCAGUUUGGUUACCUAAUGCAUUGCAGUAGAGCAAGGAGAAGGAGCCUUAAGCGACUCGCUUUUCUUGGAAAUGGUAGUUAUAGUUCUUGUUACCAAUUGGUAGGGUCUAGAAAACAGGAUUUCGACUUCUAUCGAAGGAGAAGGUUGGGCUGCUUAUUGCCAUGUGGAUCUGCUGAUGACAGUGUAACGGUUAACGGGAGCCCCACACCAAGCACCAGUGGGGAUGUGGAGGAAAUUAGAAUGAAACUCGAUCAGUCACUUCAAGGGGAAGAUCAAGGUGAUAGACUGGUUCAGUCUUUGCAUGAUGCAGCCAGGGUUUUUGAAUUGGCAAUUAAAGAGCGAGGCCUUGUAUCCAAAUUUUCCUGGUUCUCAACAGCCUGGCUUGGUGGAGAUGGUAACGCGUGGCUGAAAACGUUGUCUUAUCAGGCUUCUGUCUAUUCCUUAUUGCAAGCAGCUUGUGAGAUUUCAUUGCGGCGGAGUGGCGGAGACAAGGAUGUAAACAUUUUUGUUCAGAGAAGCUUAUUAAGGGUAUCUGCUUCCUUGGAGAGCCUAAUCAGGGAAAAACUAUCUGCAAAGCAACUUGAACCUAGUGAAUGGUUUUGGGCUCAACAAAUUCCAUUGGUUGUGACAUCCUUUGUCAAUUACUUUGAUGGUGCCCCACGUUUUACUGUUGCCACAGCAGUGUCUGGGAGAGGCAUGUACUUGGGCUCUGACGGUGGAACUGAUACUUCACUCCUCUUACUUGCAUUGACUUGUAUUGCUGCAAUCACAAAACUUGGCCCCACAAAAAUUUCUUGCCCCCAAUUAUUUCCAGUAGAUAUUACUGGCAAAAUGAUGGACAUGCUGGUUGAUUUGAUUCCAAUACGUCAGGCUUAUCGUGCAAUCAAGGAUAUAGGUCUACGCAGAGAAUUUCUUGUCCAUUUUGGACCUCGGGCAGCAGCAUGCAGGGUGCAGGAUGAUCUUGACGCGGAAGAAGUUGCUUUCUGGGUUAAUCUAGUGCAGAAGCAGCUCCAACGCGCUAUAGAUAGGGAGAAAAUAUGGUCAAGACUGACAACAUCUGAAAGUAUCGAGGUUCUGGACAAGGAUUUGGCUGUAAUUGGAUUUUUUAUUGCCUUGGGAAGAAGCACACAGUCCUUCUUAUCUGCAAAUGGAUUUGACGUAGUUAACGAGCCUAUUGAUGGUUUCCUGAGGUAUCUAAUCAGUGGCAGCGUAUUAUAUUAUCCUCAACUUUCAUCAAUAAGCUGUUAUCAGUUGUAUGUGGAAGUCGUUUGUGAGGAGCUAGACUGGCUUCAAUUUUAUCCAGGACACACCAACACCUUAAAACAGUCGUAUGGUCAUGGAAAACAAGAAAAUCCUCCAAAUGCCGAGGCCAUUCCUCAAGUACUUGACGUCUGCUCUCAUUGGAUGCAAAGCUUUAUAAAAUAUAGUAAAUGGGUGGAGAAUCCUUCUAAUGUCAAGGCGGCGAGGUUCCUGUCUAAGGGGCACAAGAAACUGAUGGAAUGUGUGGAUGAACUGGGGAUAUCAAGGAAUGUUGUAGAGAACGAUAGCAACUUCUCUAUUGAGAGAGCCGGAUCUAGUACUUACUUACCAACUAAGCAGGAGAAAGAUUCUUUUGAAAAGGCAUUGGAAGGAGUCGAAGAAGCUCUCAUAAGAUUGGAGAAUUUGCUGCAAGAGUUCCAGGUUUCAAGUUCUAGUCGGGGAAAGGAGCAGUUGAAAGCAGCUUGUUCUGAUCUUGAAAAAAUAAGGAAACUCAAGAAAGAGGCUGAAUUUCUUGAGGUAUCAUUCAGAGUUAAAGCAGAAUCUUUAGAUCAGGGAGAUGAGGAUAACAAUCCGCAGUCUUCUGGUCGUGAGCAGCAACAGUAUUUGGAAGGGAGCGUAGAGCCCAGUGACAGGGAACUUCAAGGACUGCGAAGCUUCAUAGGUUUUCCAACCAAGAAGCCUGACUCUGAAUUAUCAAGUUUGGGUGUUGCAAAGUCAGAGUCUAUCAAAAUUCAACGUUUUGAACUGAUAAGGAAUGAGUUGGUGGAACUAGAAAAGCGGGUGAAAAGAAGUACAGAUCAGUAUGAAAAUGAAGAGGACGUUGAAAGCACAGGUGAUAGGACUUCAGUUUCUGUGUUCUUCCCAGCUAAGAAGAAGGAAGAUAUUAUUGCAAGCUCAGUAGAAAAACUGAAAGAAACUAGCAUGGAUGUCUUGCAAGGAACACAGCUCCUAGCCAUUGAUGUUGGCGCAGCGAUGGGACUGCUUAGAAGGUCCUUGAUUGGAGACGAGCUAACAGAGAAAGAGAAACGUGCUCUUCAAAGAACUGUGACCGAUGUGGCAUCUGUGUUUCCUAUUGGUGUUCUCAUGCUUCUUCCUGUUACUGCAGUUGGCCAUGCAGCAAUUCUAGCUGCUAUUCAGCGAUAUGCACCGGGUAUGGUAAGUGAUUCUCGACACUGUACACCCUCCUAUUCAAGUUUCUUAUAUACUAUGACAAAAUCUCCUAUGUUCAAGUUCUCUGGCAGAUACCUUCGACAUACGGACCAGAGAGGCUCUAUCUCUUGAGACAGCUCGAAAAAGUGAAGCAAACAGAAGCCUCUGAAGUCGACCCCCAGGAAAGCGUCGAGCCCUCAUCCUAAUCCUUAAAACCAAACAAGUCCCCUCAUCUUAUGUACAUCCGUUCCGGGGAGUGUAAAAAGAAAGUUUUGCCUCAUCAUCUGUUGGUUCUGAAUCCCAUCGACAGCAAAUGAGCAUACAGAAUCUCAUUCCACACAUCUGGGAUUCCUGGCAGGCACCAGUGGCUGCAGUCCUGAGGAGCGUCCGGCGGGGUCCCCGGCUCACGGUAGCGAGAUGGGUGCCCGUCGCUCCUGUACUCUGUCAGAUGUGUAAUGUUCAAGUACUCAACUCUCUUGUAGUUUCCCUGUCUCAUCUCUGUAAUCACUUCAGAAAUCGGUCGAUUGUUUGCUGGCUCGGGAGCUACAAGCUUCGAGUUCGUCUCCGGUUGCAGGUCCAGAUCGCAGUGCCCUCCAUCUUUCCACGUCCCAUUCCUGCAACAGUGUCAGCGUUUCGUCAUCCAUAUUCAAGUAGCGAAAGGGAUAAAAAAAAAAGGGGUAGGGAUGUUCUGUAUUGUGAGAGCCAACAACAUGCCUGUAAUGAGCAGGGGAAUAGCUGCGAAAGAAGACGUGACUAGUUUCAGGAUCCAAAUUCUCAGUCACCCAUUUCCUCCACGUCUGCAGCGACCUCUGGAACGCCUCCAUAACCCCCAUCGUCUUGUUUAUUUCACCAUUUUCUUCAAAAUAGUGACCCAUGUAGAUAGUUUUGUACUCGUUCCACCAAUGUCCAGCAUUGAACACCAGCACGUCCGCGCCGACCCAUCUCUUGGAGAACCAGUGGAGCUGGUCGACCUUGAUCGCCAUCUUGACCUCCGGCGGCGACCCUCGAGGCGGCCGGCCGAUGAUCACCAGGAAGGGCAGCCUGUAGUACUCGACGGUGAGGUUGUAGUCUCUGAACCGCAUGACGAGGAAGCCUCUGUGCUUGGAGAUUGGCUUCCCGUUGACCUCGUAGAUCGCGGCGGCGGAUGCAUUGGAGACACCCUGUGCCAGCAUGCAGAGGAACGACUCCCACUGGUUCCGGCCGAUCGAGUCCCCGGCGAACACUAUCCUCCCGUUCCUCGCCCUCUCCAGAAAGUCCGUCGCGUUGAAUCUGGGUAAGUUACAGUGACGUGGCUGCCAGCGCCAGUUGAGAUAGUCCACGUCAGCCCUGCCGUUCCAGCGACAGCGGAAGCCGGGAUCAAGAAACGGGCAGUCUUCGCCAUAGGAUCCGACGACGUCGUUCUUCCUCUCGUCGCGUACCCAGUCGCCGUCGCCGAAGUCCCGGCAGAUCGGCAGGGUUCGGGACAAGAACCCGACCCGGAAGUAGGAGACCGGAUCAAGCGGGGCGAGGAGAUCGAAGGCGUAGAGAGAAGAUCCGAUGAUGAGGAAGAAAGAAAGGAAAGCGUAGCCGCCGGUAACAGAAACGGGAGCUGCUGCGGCUUUUGGGGAUCGACGGCGGUGUGAUGUUUAUGGUGAUCAUUAUGACGACGAUGGGUAUCGUCCAUUGGAAUAGAAGAAGGGUUUUGCUGAUCCGAGAGCGAGAAACAAGGGUGAAACGGAAAGAAUUGAGGAAAGGAUGAAGGG